AUGGGGGUGGGGCGGGGCGUGGGCGUCGCGCCUGCGCAGAGCCGUCCCGGUGGCGGGAGGGGGCGGAGCCUGGGCUGUCAGCCCCGCGAGGAGGAGGAAGGAGCCGGCAGCGUGCGGUGUCGGGGGCGGGACCGGGCCAGCGGAGGGUCGGCAGAGGGAGGCCGGGCCAUGCGGACUGGCCGGGGCGCGGGGCCCGAGAGGCUCACGGCCGGGGCGCCGACGCCGCCGCCGCCGCUGCUGCUGCUGCUGCUGCUGCUGCUGUGCGUGGGGCUGUCGCGCGCUUCCGAGGACAUCGUGGUGGGCUGUGGGGGCUUCGUCAAGUCGGACGUGGAGAUCAACUACUCGCUCAUCGAGAUAAAGUUGUACACCAAACAUGGAACUUUGAAGUACCAGACAGACUGCGCCCCUAACAACGGGUACUUUAUGAUCCCCUUGUACGAUAAGGGGGAUUUCAUCCUGAAGAUCGAGCCACCCCUGGGAUGGAGUUUUGAGCCAACUAGUGUGGAGCUGCACGUGGACGGCGUGAAUGACAUCUGCACGAAGGGCGGGGACAUCAACUUCGUGUUCACGGGCUUCUCUGUGAAUGGAAAGGUCCUCAGCAAAGGGCAGCCCCUGGGCCCCGCCGGAGUUCAGGUGACUCUGAGAAGCACAGGCACUGAAGCGAAGAUCCAGUCCACAGUCACACAGCCUGGAGGAAAGUUUGCAUUUUUUAAAGUUCUUCCUGGCGAUUAUGAAAUUCUUGCGACUCAUCCGACGUGGGCCUUAAAAGAGGCAAGUACCACAGUGCGUGUAACCAACUCCAAUGCGAAUGCCGUGGCUCCUCUCAUAGUUGCUGGCUACAACGUGUCGGGCUCUGUCCGCAGUGACGGAGAGCCCAUGAAAGGGGUGAAAUUUCUGCUCUUUUCCUCCUUAGUGGCAACAGAGGAUGUCCUGGGCUGCAACAUGUCCCCGGUGCCUGGGUUCCAGCCCCAAGAUGAGAGCCUGGUGUAUUUGUGCUAUGCGGUCUCCAAAGAGGAUGGCUCAUUCUCCUUCUGUUCCUUGCCGAGUGGGGGCUACACUGUGAUCCCGUUCUACCGAGGGGAAAGGAUCACCUUCGAUGUGGCGCCUUCCAGGCUGGAUUUCACGGUGGAGCACGACAGCCUGAGGAUAGAGCCUGUGUUCCAUGUCAUGGGAUUCUCGGUGACUGGGAGAGUCUUGAACGGACCUGAAGGAGAAGGAGUCCCGGAGGCUGUGGUCACCUUGAACAACCAGAUCAAAGUGAGAACAAAAGCCGACGGCUCUUUUCGCCUGGAGAACAUCACGACUGGGACAUACACCAUCCAUGCUCAGAAGGAGCACCUCUACUUUGAGGUGGUCACCAUUAAGAUAGCACCCAACACCCCACAGUUGGCUGACCUCAUAGCAACAGGGUUCAGCGUCUGCGGUCAGAUCUCCAUCCUCCGCUCCCCUGAUACCGGCAAGCAGACGAGUAAAUACAAAGUGGUCCUGUCCUCCCAAGACAAGGACAGAUCUCUGGUCACCUCGGAGACAGACGCUCACGGGUCGUUCUGCUUUAAAGCAAAGCCAGGAGCCUACAAAGUCCAGGUGGUGGUGCCUGAGGCUGAGACCAGAGCCGGGCUGAUGUUGAAACCUCAGACGUUUCCUCUCACUGUGACCGACAGACCUGUGAUGGAUGUGGCCUUUGUGCAGUUCUUGGCGUCUGUUUCUGGAAAAGUCUCCUGUUUGGACACCUGCGGUGACCUGCUGGUGACCCUGCAGUCCCUGAGCCGCCAGGGUGAGAAGCGCAGCCUCCAGCUCUCUGGCAAGGUCAACUCCAUGACCUUCACGUUUGACAGCGUGCUGCCUGGGAAAUACAAAAUAAGCAUCAUGCAUGAGGACUGGUGCUGGAAGAACAAGAGCCUGGAGGUGGAGGUGGUGGACGACGACGUGCCGGCCGUGGAGUUCAGACAGACCGGCUACAUGCUGCGCUGCUCGCUGUCUCACGCCAUCACUCUGGAGUUCCAUCAGGAUGGAAAUGGGCCUGAGAACGUGGGGAUUUACAACCUCUCUAGAGGAGUCAACCGGUUUUGCCUGUCCCAGCCUGGUGUGUACAAAGUAACCCCUCGUUCCUGCCACCGGUUUGAGCAAGCCUUCUACACCUAUGACACGUCUUCACCCAGUAUCUUGACGUUGACAGCCAUUCGCCACCAUGUCCUUGGAACUAUCACCACUGACAAAAUGAUGGAUGUCACCGUGACUAUCAAGUCUUCCAUUGACAGUGAGCCAGCCUUGGUCUUGGGUCCUCUGAAAUCCUCCCAGGAGCUGCGGCGGGAGCAGCAGCUGGUGGAGAUUGAGACCCGCAGGCAGGAGAGGGAGAAGAAUGGCAAAGAAGAGGGCGAGCAAGGAAGGGCCAGGCCUCCGGGGCAGGAGAUGGUGGAUGAGUUACAGGGCCCCUUCUCCUACGACUUCUCUUACUGGGCCCGGUCUGGAGAGAAAAUCACCGUCACACCCUCGUCUAAAGAGUUGCUCUUUUAUCCCCCGUUCAUGGAAGCCACCGUCAGCGGAGAAAGUUGCCCAGGGAAGUUGAUUGAGAUCCACGGGAAGGCAGGCUUAUUCCUGGAAGGCCAGAUCCACCCAGAGCUGGAAGGAGUGGAGAUUGUCAUCAGUGAGAGGGGGGCGAGUUCUCCCCUGAUCACUGUCUUCACUGAUGACAAAGGUGCCUACAGUGUUGGUCCCCUCCACAGUGACCUGGAGUAUACUGUGACCUCACAGAAGGAGGGCUAUGUGCUGACUGCAGUGGAAGGAACCGUGGGAGACUUCAAGGCUUAUGCCUUAGCUGGCGUAAGCUUCGAGAUAAGAGCUGAAGAUGACCAGCCCCUCCCUGGGGUCCUGUUAUCGCUCAGUGGCGGUGUGUUUCGUUCCAACCUCCUGACACAGGACAACGGUGUCCUCACCUUCUCAAACCUAAGCCCUGGCCAGUACUACUUCAAGCCCAUGAUGAAGGAGUUCCGCUUUGAGCCAUCCUCACAGAUGAUCGAGGUGCAGGAGGGGCAGAACCUGAGGAUCACCAUCACCGGGUACCGGACAGCUUACAGUUGCUAUGGCACAGUGUCUUCUUUAAAUGGAGAGCCAGAACAGGGUGUCGCGGUAGAAGCUGUGGGACAGAAGGACUGCAGCAUCUACGGAGAAGACACCGUGACGGAUGAAGAGGGGAAGUUCCGACUCCGCGGACUGCUGCCCGGGUGUGCAUACCACGUGCAGCUGAAGGCCGAAGGCAAUGACCACAUCGAGCGGGCACUGCCCCACCAUCGGGUGGUUGAGGUGGGGAAUAAUGACAUCGACGAUGUGAACAUCAUAGUCUUCCGGCAGAUUAACCAGUUUGACCUAAGUGGAAAUGUGAUCACGUCCUCCGAGUAUCUUCCUACGUUAUGGGUGAAGCUUUACAAAAGCGAGAAUCUUGACAACCCAAUCCAGACGGUGUCGCUGGGCCAGUCCCUGUUCUUCCACUUCCCACCGCUGCUCCGGGACGGGGAGAACUACGUCGUGCUCCUGGACUCCACCCUCCCCAGGUCCCAGUUCGACUAUGUCCUGCCGCAAGUGUCUUUCACCGCAGUGGGCUAUCACAAGCACAUCACCCUGAUUUUCAACCCCACGAGGAAGCUUCCUGAGCAGGACAUCGCCCAAGGAUCCUACGUCGCCCUGCCGCUCACGCUGCUGCUCCUGUUGGCUGGCUACAACCAUGACAAGCUCAUUCCCUUGCUGUUACAACUGACUAGUCGGCUACAGGGGGUCCGAGCUCUUGGCCAGGCAGCCUCUGACAACGGCUCUGAAGACGCGAAGAGACAGGUCAAGAAACAGAAGACCAGGCGCACGUGAGGAGGACGGUGCCCAGUGUCACUCAGCUGGCACAGCCAGGGCCAGCCACCUGCCUGGGGAGAGAGCUCACUCACUGCACCCGCACCCCGGGUCCCGUGUGCCCUUCUGUUGUUGGCAUGGCGGCCUGCUCCGUCCUCCCCUUGGGCCCUGUGGUGCAACUCAGUGAUGGACCCCUCCUGUCACUCUGCUGAACACAGUUUAUUUUCUGAGUUGAAGAUAAUUUAUUACUAUUAUUUUUGUCAGAGAAGUAUUUAAGCCGUGCUGGUGGCAUGAGAAUGUAAUUCCCAAUCUCCCAUUUGGUUUGCAAGAAGAGUCCACCGUGAAGCCUGCUGCGCCCCCUCUGCGUCGCCCUGCUGGAGACCACGCAGCCCUGCCCACGCCGGCGGGAGCCGCUAGGAGGUGAAUCAAUAAAGUCGCCCACUCAUUUGUGUCGUA